UAUCUAACAUAACAUUUUCUCUUGAGCUUUUUUCUUUGCUUUCUUAGCUUUCGUUCUUUCUCUUUGUUGAAUUAAAGGGAGAGAACGAUUUUUAUUAUUUCUUUGCCUUCUUAUUCUUCAUUCUCAAUCAAUAAGUGAUAAUGGGAAACUGUGGUAGCAACCCUAAGACCGAUGAGGGACCUGAGCCAGUGCCUUUGCCUGCGCCGGUGCCGGUAACUGAGGAGGUUAAGGUUGAUCAUGCAGUGGAGGAAACACCAAUUGAAGAUAACAAGACCCUAAGCACUUUGCUUAAUGAGAAUGUGGAGGAGGCAAAGAAGUCAGAAGAAGUGAAACCUGAGGCUGAGGAAGUGGAGAUCAAACCUAAGAAUGAAGAACCUAAGAUUGAAGAGUUAAAGGUUCAAGAAGAGAAACCAAAAACAGAAGAGAAAAAGAUGGAGGCCUUUUUUGCCAAAAGAGAGGGCUAGUAUUAUUCAAAUAGAUAAAUUUUAAUGCUUUUCUGUUUAGUUUUCCAAAACAAUUUGGUUUAGAUGGUUUUGUGUAUGCAAUCAACAGUUUUAAUUUAGGGUUGUUGAUUUAUGUA